AUGGCGACAGUCGUCGGAGCUGCAGGGUCGUCUGCAACAAUGGCAAGCUCAUCAAUACCACCUCAAUAUUUUCCUUUCCCAGAGAGUAUGUCGCCAUUACCGUCCUCUCUCAAGAAAGGAAUGCUAGUACCAGGAACGAUCGGACUCUUAUCAGCUGCCUCGUCUAUUGGCAUGCUGCUCUUCAUCAUCUACAGAUUCCUAACGUGGCGCGCUCAUUAUAAAACAUUCGUCGGGUACAAUCAAUAUGUGGCCUUGAUCGUCAACCUGUUGUGCGCGGACUUGUUACAGGGAGUUGCAUUUAUGUUUUCCUACCAUUGGGUUUUCACCGAUGGUAUCGUCGCACCUACAGUCAAGUGCACCAGCCAGGGGUUUCUUCUGAAUGCAGGCAAUCUAUCCUCCGGUUACUUUGUCAUGGCUAUUGCUCUCCACACCUUCUAUGGUGCUGUUAAGGGCCGUCAUCUCAGACACUCCAUUUUCUAUCCCGCGCUCGCCGGUGGCUGGUUCUUUGCACUCUUCCUGUCUGCUAUGGGUCCUAUAUUGCAUGGAAACCAUUACUACGUCCGAGCGGGUGCAUGGUGCUGGGCUGCUCCGGAGUUCCAAACAGAACGUUUGGCUUUCCACUACAUCUGGAUCUUUGUGAUCCAGUUCGGAACCGUGAUCAUCUAUUUCCUGAUCUUUCUUCAUCUCAAGAACACUUUGACGACUAUCUUGCCGUCUUCACACUCGACCACCCACGCCAAGGUUGAUAGAGCAGCACGCUUGAUGCUGAUGUUCCCUGUCGCCUACAUCGUUCUCACACUUCCUCUUUCAGCUGGACGCAUGUGGUCUAUGGCACAUCACACAUACAACGUCCACGAAGGUUACCAACUAGCCUCCGGAGCUCUGAUCGCCUGCUCCGGAAUGGUAGACUGCCUCCUCUACACACUUACUCGUCGAAGCCUAGUCCAGUCCGCUACAUCCUCCGAAACCAAGAGCACAACCAGCGGUCUCGACAGCUACGAUCUCAGUCGCCUCAACGGCAUCACACAGACUCGCACUGUUACAGUCACUGCUGGCGAUAGAAUAUCCACCAUCUCCAGCACCACGCACAUCAGCGAUGACGACGAUGCAUAUUCCAUGCGUACCAUCUCCACAAGCCCUAAGAAGAAGCACCACCAUCACCUUAGGGAGCCACCACUCUCACACUCGCCAACUAGCUCAAUAGACAGGAUCAUGGGAGUCGAGGGUCUGGACCCAAGAAAACCGGCACACAAAGUACAGAUCUCCACCUGCGACGCAAGAACCUCCGAAGAUGUGGAUAGUCUAAGAGACAGUGAAAGAUCAGAGUCGCCUGUCAAUGUCAUGAGAGGGCUUGCCAAGAUGGUCAAGCUACCGAAUCUGACAGACAGGAAGUAA